AUGACCACCGACCACUUUAAAGAUAUUGCCAAAAAAUACGAUAGCAUGCAGGGUGUGGAGAUUUCCAACGCUGUAUGCAAUGCUAUUCUCGAGUUCGGCGAUUUGGACCCCUCCAAAACCAACGCGCUCGAGCUCGGGUGCGGCACUGGUCUGAUGAGCGUUAAGAUUGCCCCUCACGUCAAAACUUUGCUCGCAGUUGAUGUUUCGGCGUCAAUGCUCGAGCUGCUGAACGAAAAAAUCCGGGUUGGCGAAGUCCCGAGCAACGUGACCACAAAGGAGAUCAACCUGCUGGAUAACGCCACGCUGGCGGAAUACGCAGGUAAGUUCGACGUGGUCGUGUCGGCGCUGGCUUACCACCACAUUUCUGACUUCAAGGGCAUGACCGAGGCACUGUUCAAGGUGUUAAAGCCCGGCGGGAAAGUAUUCAUUGCCGAUCUCCUGCAAGGUGGCCGCAGUAUUCAUGGAAACAUGAGUGAUGCAGAUUGCGAGAAAGCUGGCGUUUCUUCCAAGGGCGGCUUUGCUGCGAAGUUCAUGAAAGAUCUGUUCACCGACGCAGGCUUUGUUGACUUCCAGUCGCGCGAGACCGUCGCCGAGUCUUGGGGUAGCACUAUGCACACCAGGGACCAUACUGGUCGCACUGGUGAGGAAAAACAGGUCGAUGGCGAGACGCACUAUCAUACUUUUACUGAUAUCCUUCUUGCGGUCGGCCAAAAGCCUUUGAAUUAA